AUGACGAGCGAAACGACCCCGAAGUACGUCGAAGAAGACAACCGAGAGGACGAGGCGACAUACUACUACGACGACGAUGACGACCUCGACGCCUUCACGGACGGGGAGCUUGGUAGUAGCUGCGAUGAAGGGGUACAUAAGGUGGACGGGCUGUCAGAUGAUCACAAGAUUGAAAAGCAGAGGGAUAUUCACAAGCGAGCCAAUGACGAUCUGGCAGAUGCUGCUCUAGAAAGAAUACAUUUAAGCUUUUAUCUGACUAGCAUUUAUGAUCACUCCAUAUUUGAGGCCUUCAGCAAAGUGGUGCAGAAACUCAUCCCACAGCUUCCUACACUGGAGAAUCUGCUGAACAUUUUUAUUUCUAAUUCUGGGAUUGAAAAGGCAUUUCUUUUUGAUGUUGUCAGUAAAAUCUACAUCGCAACAGACAGCACACCAGUGGACAUGCAGACGUAUGAGCUGUGCUGUGACAUGAUCGACGUGGUCAUUGAUAUCUCUUGCAUAUACGGUCUGACAGGGGAUGAAAUGGCCACUCCCUAUGACAAGGAGUCGAUGGCAAUCAUCAGGCUGAACAACACCACGGUCAUGUACCUGAAAGAGGUCACCAAGUUCCUGGCUCUGGUGUGUUUCCUCAGAGAGGAGAGCUUUGAAAGGAAAGGACUGAUCGACUACAACUUCCACUGCUUCCGCAAAGCCAUCCAGGAGGUGUUCGAGGUCCGGGUGAAGGUGCUGCAGUCCCGGAGGCUUCUGAGCCAGAGAAGAAGGAGUAAGCAGGCCACUCCCAAUGGCACUCCAGGACUCCCGCACUGACUGUCUCCCCGUCCGCCGGACGUCCUGGGCAGGGGGACGCGCGAAGCCGAGCCCAGGUGCCUGUGGCCGUGGAGCUUUGCCAGGCCCCGAAGGCUCGGCCCAGCACCUUUCCGUCCGCUCCUUUCCCAAGACCGUCGGCGGUCGUUGCUAAGUAGGAAAUUCGGAAAGCUGCCACCCGGGAACUCGAAAACCUGUCAGGUACUGCCUGCGUCUUAGAAUCGAGGACAGAGAAACCAAAUUGUCCUCUCUUCGCACGCGUCGGGCUAAACAAGAAGGCAGCCUGACACCUGCAAACCACCUACAGUGCCUGCAGAAGGUCUCCACGCCCUUUCCAGAGUAGCACAUCUUGUGGCCUAGCCGCCUGAAAUCAAGACGCAUUAAAAAUAAUUUCUUUUACCUUUA